AUUCCAGGUGCUCUCGUCUAUAUCUGUUAAUCGUUUUCUCGUUAAUUUCUGCACAUUUUUGGCUUCAAUUUGAUGUUUUUUUAAUUGAAUUCUGAUUUGUAGUCUGGGCAGGGAUUGAGCAUUGAACUCUUUUUGCUUUCUUUAUAAAAUUUGGAUUUAGUGGGUCUGUAGUUUAGUGGAUGGUUUUAAUUGGGUGUUAAAAAUAAGGAGGAAUGAACAAUCCUCAAGCAAAGGACAGCUAUGAAUGUGCUGUCUGUCAGCUGGGACGUUUACAAUCCUUUUGGUCUCUUACAGCUCUUAGACAGAUAGAUUUGAGGAUAUAGUCGGCCUGCCAAACCCCUAAUAGCUGUAUUCCUUAACAAAAUAGAAUCCCACUUUCAUUUGAUUUUGUUUCAUUCCACCGUAUGUAUCUACAGAUAAGCAAUCAUAGAUUGAGUAAACGUGAAAAGCAUUGUUUUUAGGAAGAAAACAGAGUGGGUUUUGUAGAAAAUGUUGUGCGUUUACAUUUAGAGGUGUACCCAUAAAGUUUUUAUUGGACUAUUACAUUAAAGGUUGCUUCAUUUUUGUAACUGGUGCAAACCCUUUGGAUAGAAACUUAUGUUGAAACUCAAGAUGGUAGAGAGAUUUCGCUUAUCAUAUUGAUUUCCGAAUGAUGGACUUUUAUUUUGGUGAGUUUGAUGUAUUGGUUUGUCAAUCCGUAUAGCAGUAGCAGAAUAGAGGGUUUCUAUUUUUGAGAUUAAAGUUUAAACCCAAAGUGGAGGAGCUGGAUGGAGACCUGAGACAGUAGAGUGUUUGCAAUUCAUAAUCACAGGAACAAUGAUUUAAGCGGAAAGAGAUUUCAGAUUGGGGUGACUUGUAUAAUGGUUUACUGCUCUCUAUAGCCUCAAGGAAAUACAGGGGCGCUGUUUUUGGAUAUGAGAGGAAACCCUAAAAAUGAUAUGAAUGGGAGUCUAUAGUAGGUGGAGUAGGGCUAAUGCAAUUCAUUGUUGAGAGGGAGGUUGAUUUCAGUUUUCACACUGGGAAGUUUGGUAUAGUUGUAAAUUAUAUAUACCUUGGGUGCGGGUGCGGCAUCGAUGCUGGAAGAGAGCAUGCGUGGAGAUAGCAGUGCGGGUGAUGCCCCUGACCAGCCUUGUCGCCGAUGUAUUCGGUGCAGUAACUCUAUCAUUUAUCCUCUUGUUCAUAGCUGCUGGAAUUUGUUGCAUUGCACAUGUGUUGUAUUUUCGAUAUCAGAUACGUAGACAAAGAAUCAACCACCAGCUUCAAUAUUUUAAUGUGCCAUGGAUCAUUCGGAUAAGCCUGAUUGUGUAUGCAAUUCUGUGGUGCCUGGGUGAAAUCUUCCGUUUGCCAUUGUUGAGGAAGAAAGGUUGGCUUCUGUACUCUCUGAGCCCACAAUGGCAGCAGAAUGUGUGCAGACUCUAUCUCUUGUCAAACUUAGGAUUGAUGGAGCCAGGCUUUUUUCUCACUUUGAUAUUUUUGGUGCAUGGGUCGCUUCAUCGAACCAUAAACAGUUGGAACAGACGAACAGUUUCUUUUGUUGUCGCUUUAUGCCUGCCUGUUUUCAUUGCACAGCUGUUUUUCGUUGUCAUUAGCCCCAGUUUUGAAUUCCAUAAGGGAUAUAGGAAAGAGAAGGAAGGCUAUGGAGCUCGAAUACCUAAGUAUUUUACCAGAGCGUUUUGGAGACAGGAUGAUAUGAUUUUCUGUGCUUAUCCUCUCUUUAGUACUAUUGUAAAUGGAGUGUUUGCUUGUUUGUUCAUAACUUAUUUCCUGUAUGUGGGAAUGAGGAUGAUUUCUUUUGUGAUAAACAAAGGACUGCAGAGAAGAGUUUAUUGGUUGAUUUUUACAGUGUCUGGUUUUCUUCCAUUGAGAAUUUUGUUCUUGGGAUUCUCCGUAAUGUCAACACCUGGCAAGCUGGCCUUUGAAGCUUUGGUCUUCUUAGGGUUCAUUGCACUUCUUUUCUGUGCGGCAGUGGGUAUAUGGGUUCUGGUGUACUUGCCUGUAUCAGAUUCAUUGGUAGUUAAUGGGAUUUCUGGUUUAAGACAAACUAGGAAUCAUCAAUACUCAAACAUGGUACCGCUGGAAUCUUUCAGCCAGACACUCUCUGGAUUUGUGAGUGACAAUGAUGAUAAUUCCUCCAUUGUUGCAAGCCAGAGUCUUUUGGAAGGAGCAGUGACCACUAGCAUUGGAAGAGAUUCGGACUCGUCAACCAAAGGUAGUUCCAUUUCUUUUCGUACGCUGCUGAAAGAUGUUCCCUCAGGACCUGUAGAAGAAGUCACACUUUUUGCUGAUGCUAACAGAAUGCUUGAUUCUCCUCCCGAGUCUCCACCUCUUCCAGGGCAACCAAUGCUAUCCUUUCAUUAAAGGAGCAUUUAAGAGCUCAUACGAGUGAAAAAGUUUUAUCUUUUUUCUCUUUUUGUUAAUUACAUAUGUAGCCAUUUUCCUCUUUUAAUUAGGCAGUCUGCAAUGUGAAUCUUCUUGAUGUCCACUGCUGACAAGUGUGCUAUGGCAUAUGAUGUGAGUUCUCUUGUAGACUGGAGAAUGUUAGAUUACUCUUGCUGGAACUUUGUAGAUUAUCAUCAUGGAUGGCAGUGACCAUCAAUUGAAACGGUAGACUCUUGUAUUGUAACUAUUACCACUUCCUAUCGUUUACUUUAAAUUUAUCUAGGUAGUGGGACUCAUUUUAUUUGAA